AUGACACCGCCACCGACGGCUCGGCCGCGGGGACCCGCAGAUACUUCCGGAGCGCCGGACGACGAUGCCACUACAGUCUCCUCCACCCGAGACCACGCGGCGCUCGCAGAGCAGGCGGCCACUCAGGGGCCGGAUGACCACGCCUCGCCAUAUUCCUUCUUGCGUAUGCGCACCGUGCUCUCCCAUGCCAUCGCAGACCUGCGCAACAGCAUUCGGCGAAACGAACGAUCGUUACGCGUCCUCCAGGAAGUUCGGGCAGCGAUGGCGUCGACCCUGGGGAGCGGUCCCCACGACAUGUCACAAGCUCGUCACGCCCUGGUGGACGAAGUGGAAUUCUUGAGAGCGACGUUUUCUGAAGUGAACGCCGAAGUCCUGGACCUCCGGACGGCCCUGGAUUCGAGUCGACCGGUCUUGGAUACGGCACAGGCUGAACAGGAGGGGGCCCACGACUUGCUACAAGAGGCCCAAGAGUCGCUCCGAUCCUUGGAGCAAGGACAACACGACCUCCGGGAGCAGCCCCAAACGGAAAAGGCCACCGAGCUGGGGCGGCGAGUUCAAGAGGCGGACCAGGCCCUGGAAGUCAUGACUGCCGAGGUGAACGAUGCCCGGAACUACACGGCGCAUUCGGCCAGGUUGGUCGCCGGGAAGGAAGGGGUUGUCAAGCUGGCGCUUCAGAACAAGUCGUUGGUGGAUCGGGAUCGGGCACUUACCACGGCGGGAGAACUCCAGGAACAACUCAGAGUCGCCCAAGACCGCAUCGCGCAACUCGAAGCGCAACCUCCCCGUUUUUCUGCUAGCAACCCGGCUUGGGACAUCCUACUGGCCGAGAACCAAGACCUCCGGGAGGCGGCCAAGACUCAGAAGGCGAGGGCCAAGGACUCCCGCCUUAAAAACAAGAUCCUCCGGAGCCAAAUCGAGGCCUUCCAGGCCGACGCAUUACGAAAGUUGGGAGCCCUGGAGUCCCGAGUACAGGGGUACGCGAGCCAGGGCCAGCAUCACCGCGAAGAUUUGGCCCAGUUGGAGGAAAAGUUACUUCGUGAGAAACAGGCCAGCCACGAUCUCGAGGAGAAACUUCAAGCGUUCCAAGAGAGCGAGCGGACGUCGGCCCGAGCCUUGUUGCAUGCCAACGAGCACUUCCAAGAUGCCGUCCCGUCGUUUUGGGAUUGGGUCGCGCAACAUUUGCAGGUGUCCGGGGCCGCCGGCGUGGCGCCGCUGAUAGAGGCGUGGACCUCGAGUGAUCCGGAUCGCUUCAAGUCCUGCAUCGAGAGCGUAGGCAUUUUUCCUGCCAAGGCCGCGCGCGGUUUGACGGAGCCCCUGCUUGGGCGAGUCCGGGGCCCGACGUUCAGUGCUUGGGUGAAUACGGCCCUCCCGGUCAUGAGGGAUGCGUUGAAGGAGUCUUCCACACCGUCGUCGGGAGUCCUGGAGGCGGACGUUGUCGAGGCCCCUCCGGGCUCGGGGGCUAAGGGUUCGACCCUCCCAGGACAGGCGGGAGCCAAGGCACCCGUACCCCCAUCCCCUUCGCGUCCCGCGAAACGCUCGGCCACAGGAGGGCGUCCCGGUAAACGAAAAGUCUCCCGCUACAAAGCGCAGGAGUCGUUUAUUCAUUCGUCGUGGCGUCGACUUCCGCUGUGGGCGGAGCUCCAGGAACAACUCGAGGACUUCUGGGAAAACCAUGCCCUCGCGCACUGGAACCGUCGUUUCAUGCGGGGGUCGGCCGAAGUGAAUGCCGAAGUUGAGGCGGCCAUGGGGCCAUUGGUGGGCAUUAUCGGAUGCCUAUACCGCAUCAUUCGGCGCCACGGAACCGACUUGUUGCGCUUCCUUUGUUACCCCCAUUCGUAUUGGCCGGACUUCCUUCGCGACGGGGUAUCUUUGAAGAUGAUGGCCUCGGUCCAGGGUGCUCGAGACGUGCAGGAAUACUUGUCGUCGCAAGGUUCGGAAUUCCGGCCGGAGGUUCCGUCCACUUCUCGCACGGAGCCGUUCGAUCCCCCUUUCAUGGUCACUCUAGCCUUCCUCAAGGGGCGCUCGCUCAGGGAGUUUUGGUUGAAGAAGUUUGACCCCUUGAAUCCGGCGAACUGUUCUCAGGAGAGAGUGUCGCGAGUGUUGACGUGGUUGUAUGCUCAGCCCGAAGAGUGCCGACGCGCCGGCGUCUAUCAGGGGCGUUUCCCGUUCGUGGUGGGCGACCGUUCGCAUCCCCCCUAA